UCGGGCGUGUUCAUGAGAACAUGCUCUAAAACGUCCAAGGAGCUGAAGUGACCGACAGUACGACUACCUUUCGGUUUCUGACAUGACAAACGGAAGGAUGUGCUGGGUGAUUCUGCACCUGCUGAUGCUGAUGACACUCAGCUGUCGGUCCAGUGCUGAAAAUGACACAGGGGUUCCAGUUCUGUGUCCAAAACACCAGGCAGCCUUCAGAGGUUCUUGCUUUGAGUUUGUGGGUCUCCAGUGCUCUUUUUUCAGUGCCCAAGCUUGGUGUGAGGUGAGUGGAGGACACCUAGCAUUUAUCCCUGAUGAAGACACUCAGGACUUCCUUCAGACACACUUGGAUUCUGAGAAGGACAUGUGGCUCGGAGUGGCACCGUCUAGCUCCACUAACCAGCAAUAUUCUGUCACUGAUGAAGGCCCCCUCUCUUGGCUGGAUGGCUCACCUAUGACCUAUUCAAAGUGGGUGAGCAGCCCACAGCAGGGCGCAGCUUGUGGACACAUACGGAGAAACUCAGGCUUUCAGUGGGAGGCCACAAGAGACUGCAACAAAAAACUGCAUUUCAUCUGCCAGUUUGAGUCUGGGAGGUCUAUUGUGUGUGCGGGUCGCAGCACCGCUCUGCAGUGCGGUUCUGGUCAAGUGUUAAUGAUAGACGGCGGCUUCUACGGACGCAACAACAUUCAUUACUGUCGGUCCAGGUUCUCUCCAACAACAUCCACAGACCAGGAGUGUGGCUGGGUGGAUGUUGUAGAAUCAGUUACAGCUCACUGCCAAGGCCGACAGAUCUGCCAGAUUGCUGAAGUUAUCAAUUGCUUUGAUGAAGUGUGUCCUCAGCGGAAGAGCUACCUGUCUGUAGACUACCACUGCAGAGAUGGCCUCACACUGACAAUGAACACCGUGGCUGCUGUUUUUGACGACGUCACCAUCACAGUGAAGUGGUUCAUACAUUUGCCCCAGGAAAACCUGAGCUGCAGGCUGAAUACUGGAGAUGGCCAAGUUGUUCAUCUGCACAGUCCAGAAGGGUUGGAGAGCAGCGUGGUGCACAAAUAUACUCAUCCAGGUACAUUUGUUGUGGCAGUUGAAUGCAGAGGCAGUGAAAUACGCUACCAGGAAAUAAUUACUAUUCAAGAGCCUGUCACAGAGAUUGGUGUCAUCAGGUGCUAUGCUGGAAACUGGUCUUUUUAUGAAAGCAACUGCAAAGCCCAGGAUGGAGAAGCAUUUCAAAUUCAAAUGGAAGUAAAUGCCGGUACAAAUGUGGUCUACAGAAUCCAAAAUGGCGAGAAGUUGUUGUCUGGUUUAUCUGUGGUCAGAGGAAAGGUGCCUCAGAACAUCACAGUGACUCCAGGAAUGAUGCAGCACCUUGGGCCUGGCUGCCACCGCCUGACACUUUAUGCAUCUAACAUGGUCACAUUCCCUCAUGUGUCCAGAGACCUGCAGGUGUGUAUUUUGGAGAAAGUCGCCAGGCUUCAUGCCUCCAUCUUGACAGAGAGGGAUGACUGUUCUGACUCUCCAGAUAUUACUCUUGGUGUUUCACUUGAACGCGGAACGCCUGUCCUGCUCCUCUUCUCUCUGACUGGAGACAAUAGCUCAUUUUCUGAAACCAGAGAAAUGAACACAAGGAAGGGCAUUUUUCUUAUUGAACACCCAAUUCAAGGACCCAUAAAAGUGAAACUCCGAGCACAGAAUGUCUUCUCCUCACUGGAAGUGGAUGUGGAUAUGUUUACUUCCUGUAGCGAGGAGUCAGCCGUUGAGAUAAAUGCUCUUCAUGCUGAUUUGCUGAGAUUCAGCAAGAGAACGAAAGAGCAACAUGUUAGAGUUGCCAGAGCUUUAUUGGAAAUCAAAGCAACACCUUCUGCUUCGAUGAGCACGAGAGCCAAGGUCACACUUUCAGCAACUGGAAGUUCCGAUAAACUUGACAACGACAACUAUCGUUACGAGUGGGAAUGCAAAAAACCUUGUCAAUGCAAAAAGAAACUCAAAGGGGAGAUUUACGUCAUUAAAGACAGCUGCCUGCCAGAACCAUUUCAUUUUAAUAAGUAUCACUUUAAACUGAAGAAGAAUAAUGGUAAUAGUGAUAAUGAUAAGGAUAGGGAUAGUGAUAGUAAUAGGGAUAAGGAUAGUGAUAGUAAGAGGGAUAGUGAUAGUGAUAGUAAGAGGGAUAAGGAUAGUGAUAGUAAUAGGGAUAAGGAUAGUGAUAGUAAGAGGGAUAGUGAUAGUGAUAGUAAGAGGGAUAAGGAUAGUGAUAGUGAUAGUAAGAGGGAUAGUGAUAGUGAUAGUGAUAGUAAUAAACGUAAACGUAGACGUAGAGAUGAUGACAACUCUAAAGGCAAGGAUGAUUCUCAAAGCAUUUGCAUCACCCUUACACCGGCUGAAAUAGCACCUUGGAGCCUCACUUGCUUUGAAGGCUGUAACCAAGCAGAAAAAAGCAAGGAUGCAAAAAUUAAAAUGGAAUGUGAUGGACAGUGUCCAGAAGUCUUAUGGAACAUUGAGGACCCACGCGAUGACAAGGAUUGGGAAAAAGAAACAAGGGAAUGCUACAAAGAGGCCAACCAAAGGCCCCUUAUCAGGCGACAGGAUGGUGGGAUUGAUUACACUGUGAAAUCCAGUGACAUUAAAAAGGCCAAUGGUGAUGAUGUCAUUGUGGUGGUAGCAACUAAGGAUACUACACCAGUUUACAAAAAAUAUACUUUAAAGACCUCUGGAGAUGAUACUACUACAACCAAAAAGCCGGCCACUACAGAUACAUCAGCAGGAGCUGGAAACACUCAAGACCAAACUACCAACAACUCUGACGGCCUCUCAUGUAAUAUAUCACCAUCAAGUGGAACAGUCCUUGAUCCUUUCACCAUAACUUGCAACACUGAAAAGCCCUGCCCUAACUGUCAGUAUUGUCUUACGGCUAUGGGUAAGCAUCUGCGCUGCAGUGAGACUAGUGAAGUUAAGGCUGUCUUCCUUCCUCUUGGAGACAGCAGUGCCAGCUACAACCUAGUUAUAACAGCAACUGCAGAAACUGGCAGCUUUGCAGUGAAAACCACAAUAACUACACAGGUUCGGGAUUCCAAAGACAACUCGGGCUUUUCAGUAGAUGAUCUCAAGAAUGCAGUCAUUAAUACUGUGGACCAGCUAAAGAAUCAAGAUCUACUGUCUGGAGAAAUCAUUGGACAAAUGUUCAGUUCUGUGGCAAAUACACUGAACGGUCAGUCUGAUGAAUCCCAAAAAGAAGAAAGGCAACAGCUCCGGAAGACGAUGCUGGACAUGCUGGUUGACACAGUAAAAACUUCUGGCUUAACUCCAUUGGACAUUGAGGUGAUGGCCAGAGCACUAAAUGCUCUCAUCAAGGAAGGCACUGAGCUCAGUUUGUCUUCACAGGAGGAGGCUUCUUCGUCGUUUGUAGACCUCAGCUCGUCUCUCCUCCUCAUGGUUGCGGACAAAAGUGAAAAAAACAAGAGAGAAGUACACAGUGCCGCCAGCGCCAUUGUGGUGGGAAUCAGCUGUAUGAUGGACUAUUCUUCCACUAGAGCUGUUUCUGAUGCCCUUUUCAGUGCUCUGGACAAGGUACAGAGCAUACUGUUGGCAUUUCAGGAAGCCAAUCGGGAGCCAGGUAUAAUCCAGCAAGGCCAUAUCAGUGUGUUUGUCAACAGACGGACACCAAAAGAAUUGCACACACAACCUAUAAAUAUUCCCAACUCUAUCUGCUCAGCAUUUUCUCUCCCUGCACUACCAUCAGAAACAUUUGUUUCAGAAGAACCAGUGGAUGUGCGAAUGCUGAGUUUAGACAAAGUCCCGUUUCCUUUAAAUGAAGGCGGAAACGUCAGUGGCGUAGUUGGCGAUCUUUCACUCACAACAAAAAAUGGGUCUGGUAUCCAUGUGGAGAACUUAAGUGAGGAUAUUGAGAUUUUGCUGCCAAGGCCUGCAGGAGAGCAGGUGAACACUUCAGUUCUGUACCUGGGGAACUACAGCACAACGGUCAUAGACGUCCCUUCAGGGAACACCACUCUGGUGUUGAAGAUGGUACCUUCAAUGGAGCCUUUGCCUUUCAAAGUGUUUCUUGGUUAUAUGGAGUACCCCACUGAGGCGAACCAUGUAGCGAUGACACAGAUGCCCCAGGAGGGAACUACAAAAGAGGAGAGGUACACGUGGCUACUCAGCCCUGAGAGUUUAAAGGGACACACUGGAACACACUAUCUUGUGGUGAGGCCAAUUGUGGGUCCAGGUAUUAAAUCGAUCAAUGCCAGUUUAUCGAUUACCUCCAUCACGGCCUCAUGUAAAUACUGGAAUGAGUCACUAUCUGCGUGGUACGAUCACGGGUGUAGAGUUGGGGUCAACACCACACAUUCAGCCACCCAGUGCCUCUGCAACCACCUCACCUUCUUUGGGAGCUCAUUCUUCGUCACUCCCAACCUCGUCGACCCAUCACGCACUGCUGAGCUCUUUGCAACCUUCGCUGAGAAUCCUGUGGUUGUGUGCUUUGUGGGGGCACUCUUUGUGACUUAUCUCUUAGUGGUUGUUUGGGCACGACGAAAAGACAUCCAAGACACAGCCAAGGUGAAGGUAACAGUGCUGGCCGACAAUGACCCCAUGGACGAGUACCGCUACCUGCUGAGUGUCUGCACUGGGCAUCGCGUUGGAGCUUCCACUUCCUCUCAGGUAACGGUGACUCUGCUGGGUGCAGAGGGAAACAGUGAGCCCCACCACCUGACAGAUCCAAAGAAACCUGUGUUUGAAAGAGGUGGGGUGGACAUGUUCCUGAUAACUACACCUUUCUGCCUGGGAGACCUGCAGAGCCUCAGACUGUGGCACAACAACUCAGGGAGCCAUCCUUCCUGGUAUGUGGGAAAUGUCAUCGUGCAGGAUUUCCAGACAGAACAGAAAUGGCAUUUUCUUUGCAAUUCGUGGCUGGCAAUAGACAUGGAGGAUUGUUGCCUUGAUAAAGUUUUUCCCGCUUCUACAGAGGAGGAUCUAAAGAGGUUCAGUAAUUUGUUCUUCAUGAAGACAACAAAGGAUUUCAGUGACGGACACCUCUGGUUCUCUGUGGUCAAUCGACCAGUAAGCAGCACCUUCACACGUGUACAGAGAGUGUCCUGCUGCUUCUCCUUGCUGCUCUGUACGAUGCUGACCAGCAUCAUGUUUUAUGGGAUCCCAACAGACCCAUCGGAGCAGACUAUGGACCUUGGUCACUUUGAAUUUACCUGGCAGCAGUUCAUGAUUGGAGUUCAGAGUUCCCUCAUUAUGUUUCCAGUGAACAUCCUCAUAGUCAGUAUCUUCAGAAACACUCGUCCACGGGAGAUGUCUUGUUGCCGCCGCCAAACGAAGAAACCAAAAGCCCUUGAGCAGGACAGCAGUACGCAGAAGUUAUCCUCACAUGCUGCUACCCCCAACAUGAAUGCCAAUGACACUUUAGACACCAUCAUUAAGGAUAUCACAAGGAUUGCCCAUACACUCUCUAAGAAUGUAAAAAGCAACAUCCCGUGCACAGAGUCCGACUUCAAGCCUGAACAACAGAUUGACAUCAAUGCUAUCCUUCCUGUGAUGGAAGACUUCAUCAAACAGAAUAACAAAAGCAGUGACAACGUCCAGGCAAAGACACAGCCUCAACUACCAGAAAGCAGCGCGUCUGUGCACCCUGCACAAACCGAGAAGGGGAUUCAAAAGAAGAGCAACAAAAUCCAGUAUCUGUACAGGCAACUGUGUCACAUUGAGCUGAGUCUGCAGAGUCUCUCCAGCUUUCCCAGCCCACACAGCUACAGCCAGGCGCUGCAGCAGGUCCAGGCCCUGAAGGGCGUCCUUGAAGAGCAACUUUUCACAUCCAACUCUGUCGUCCAGGAUGACCUUAUCAACAACAAGCUCAGUCCAGCAGACAUCUCUGAUGAUGAUGGCAUUCAGAACAAAAGGGUUUGCUGUCAGGGAAUGCUGCCCUGGUGGUUUAUUUUUGUCGGCUGGCUGCUAGUGAUUGGAACCAGUGUUGUGUCAGGAUAUUUUACGAUGCUUUAUGGGUUGAAUUUUGGGAAGGAACGCUCCAUUAGCUGGCUGGUUUCCAUGAUUGUCUCCUUUUUUCAGAGUCUCCUCCUUAUUCAGCCAUUGAAGGUGCUGUGCAUUGCCAUCUUCUUUGCACUUGUAAUAAAAAAAGUUGAUGAGGAAGAUUUUCAAAAUGUGGCAUUUGUGAAAAGCGACUGCAAAGACCAACAGAUGACCAGACGGGAUGCUGGACUGUAUGUACCACCUCCUCCUGCAGACAUUGAGAAGAUGAGGAGGAACAGGAUUUUGGAACAGAAAGCUUUUGCUCUCCUCAGGGAGAUUCUGAUCUACAUGGGGUUCCUGUGGAUGUUGCUACUGGUGGCAUACGGCCAGAGAGAUCCCAACGCUUUCCUCCUGAACAAGCACAUUCGAAAAAGCUUCAGUGCAGGGAUCUCAAGCAGCAUGAGUGUCGGGGACGUGUUCGCGUGGGCAAACAAAUCUCUGCUCCGGAACCUCUAUGGAGUUUAUCCAGGUUUUAUCACAGAUGGGAACUCCAAGUUGGUGGGUAACGCCCGUCUCCGUCAGUUGCGAGUGCAGAAGAGCUCAUGUCAGAUUGCUGACUCCAUGCUGAAGCUUGUACCAGACUGUCAUGCUCCAUAUUCAUGGGAGGUGGAGGACAUGGGCUCCUAUGAACUCGGCUGGAAUCACUCUGUAAGCGAUAAUAUGUCCACAAGCACCUCCAGUCCAUGGAAGUACCAGACACAGGCGCAGCUCAGGUCUUCCUCUUUCUGGGGGAAGACUGUGAUCUACAGGGGAGGAGGCUUUUCUGUGGAGCUCGGUCCAGAUUUACAAAACGCUAGCAGCACCCUUGAGUACCUGUUCAGGAAUAAAUGGCUGGAUAUGUACACAAGGGCCGUCUUUGUCGAGUUCACCGUUUAUAAUGCAAAUGUGAACCUCUUCUGUGUUGCCACACUCUUACUGGAGACCACAGCUGUCGGAGCAUUUCAGUUCCAAAGUCAGAUGCAGAGUGUUCGUCUCUACCAGUCGACUGGUGGUCUUUACAUCUUCGUUAUGGUUGCUGAGAUCAUUUAUUUGCUUUUCAUCCUCCAUUACAUGUUCCUGCAGGGCAAAUUAAUGAAGCAGCAGCGGUGCUCUUACUUCAAGAACAAGUGGAAUCUUCUGGAGCUGACUAUCAUUCUCCUGAGUUGGAGUGCUUUGGCUGUCUUCAUCGUGAGGAACGUGCUCGGGGACCGUGAUAUAACCUACUACCAAAACCAUAAAGACCAGUUUGUCAGCUUCCUCCAGACAGCCACCGUGGACUCACUGCUUCAGUAUCUGAUCGCCUUCCUGGUCCUGCUCGCCACUGUCAAAAUGUGGCAUCUGCUCAGACUGAACCCCAAGAUGAACAUGAUCACUGCUACACUGCAGCGAGCCUGGAGUGACAUAUCUGAUUUUCUUGUGGUCAUUGUGAUCAUGCUAGCGGCAUAUUCCAUAGCAUGCAACGUGAUUUAUGGUUGGGAGAUAUCAUCCUAUAAAACUCUAAUGGAUGCUGUUCUGACCAUCAUCAGUUUGCAGAUCGGCAUCUUCAACUAUAAUGAGGUCUUGAACUACUCGCCUGUGCUCGGUGGAUUCCUCAUCGGUUCCUGUAUUGUGUUCAUGUCGUUUGUGGUGCUCAAUCUCCUCGUUUCAGUGAUCCUUGUUGCAUUCAACCAGGAGCAAAUAUAUCACAAGCCCUCGGAAGAGGAGGAGAGUGUCGACCUGUUGCUGAAGAAAAUCUGCAGUCUUUUUGGGAUCAGAUAUGAAGACACGAACGACUCGCCGGGGCCUGAUGUGAAUGGCAGCAGUGGGUCGACCCUGAACAACAGCAGGAAUAUUCACAACACUCCCUCAGUUGACGUCAACAUUUUUCAGACAUCUGACAACAAAGUAAAUCCAGAGGGACACAGUUUAAUUUAGUUCUGCUUCAUCGCAUCAAAUGUGAUUGUUUUUGCAAGCAAUAUUAUCCACGCUCAUUUGUUCAUGCUUCUUUAAUUUUUCUCUAAUUGUUUGCUGCUUGGAGAUCAGAGCAUGCUGUGCUGCACUGUGAAUAUGUUGUGAUAGAUAAUUGUCACCUACAGGAUUACUCUGUUGUUUGUUGGAGGAUAUUCAUUUAGACAUUAGUUUAAUUGCAAAUCCAAUAUUUUGGUCCACACUUCUGUUGCACACUCCAGUAUAGAUGCUGCAUCAGUUAACAAAGAUAUGAUUGCUAAUUAAUUAAGUAGUCAACAUGUAAAUAAUUUAGAGUAAAUAUAAACUCAUGAAACCACCUAGAAAAAUUAAGGAGCUUUUUUAAUGAAUGAACACAAUUAACUUAAAUUCUCAUUAAACACAGUACAAAACUCAGUUAAAUCACUAUAAUUAAUCGUUAUUUGCUAUACGUAAAAGCCGAUGCAGCAAAUGCUGUAUGAAUUUAAAGCAUAUUUUUCUUGUAAAAUAAAAGCAUUAAAAAACAUACCUGCAGAUUUGUUUGGA